UUCGAAACCAGUAAGUUACAUCGCAGCUUCAGCUUAAUUUGUAGGGUUUGCUCCGCAGUUGCAAUUUUGCUACUAAGCUAUUUGUUCAAGGUUCCAGUCUAUAAUCACAGAGUGACAUGCUCGAAUAAACCUGCAACUACGUCUAUGCUUGUUGACACUUACGAUGCACACAACAACACUAAUCUCGCUAUGUAUCUCUGCAGGCACUGCCAUGGCCCAGACAGCAGCUGGUGUUUGGCCACAGACCAAGACCAACCUAGGGGUCUCAUUUGGAGAUAAUAUCAUAACUCCAGGGGCCUGGAUAGAACCAAACGAUACUACAUACCCGACCGUGUAUCCCGGUUACUCUACAAGCUCCUACCCGGGAACAUAUAUGCUCAUGAUGGUGGAUUACGAUGUUGCUGAUUCGGCCUUCGCCACGUUGGACCAAUACUCAAGCCUUGUACCUGGUCGAUUGGUCAACACAACAACUCGUCUGCACUGGUGGGGAUGGAACUACACACUGCAGGACGGGAAAUUCAUCAAUACUAGCAAUGCUCUGGCGUCGUAUCACCCUGCGCAGCCUGCAACAAGCAGAGUACACGACUUUACCUUAUUCCUGUUUGAUCAGCCACAGGACUAUGCUCCACCGCAGGAUGUCCUGGAUGGUCUGUUGGAGGAGCAUGAUCCAAGGCAUAACUUCACGUUGGCUCCUAUUGUUGAAGCUGUCGGUAAUCCACUGGCUGCAACGUAUUUUUGGAGUUCGACGCCUGGUGUGCCGGAUAACAGCUCAGCGACGUACACGUACUCCUGGGAGAAGAUUUGAGGACCAUAAUGAUAAGAAAUCUUCGUCAAAAAUCCUUGAUCCCGUUAGAUUAGCGUCCGUCACU